ACUUGCGUAAGGAGAAAGAGAGGGAGCUGUCACAAAAGGCGCACUGAUCUGGUUUUUUCCUCAAGCACUCAGGUUUCUCUACUCUCUCUCUCUCCUCCCUAUAGAGAGGGACACUAUGAAAGUCUAACACCCCUCCAUGUCCGACGCAUUUACAAUCAUGCCAUCCCGUCCCUCCCCACCGCCUCACAACCACCACCAUCGUCACCACCACAGUUUUCUCCUCCCUAUACUCCUCCCCAUAACCCUCACGCUCCUUCUCAUCCUCCUCUUAACCCUCCUACUCCUCCUAUAUCGCAAGCUUUCCCUCAACCGUACCACUCCAUCCGACAACCACCAGCGCCGCUUCUCCUAUUCUCUUCUCCGCCGCUCUACUUCCUCCUUCUCCUCCUCCACCCUCCUUGGCCAUGGCGGUUUCGGCUCCGUCUACAAAGCCACCCUUCCUUCCGGCCAAUUCCUUGCCCUCAAGCUCAUGGACUCCCCCGGCUCCCUCCAAGGCCAGCGCGAGUUCCACAACGAGCUCUCCAUCGCCUCCGCUUUUCACUCCCCUCACAUCAUUUCUCUCCUUGGCUUCUCCUCAGACCGCCGUCGCCGCAAGCUCAUCCUCGUUUACGAGUACAUGCCCAACCGUAGCUUACAGGACGCGCUGCUAGACAAGAAGUGCGCUGAGCUCAUGGAAUGGAAGAAAAGAUUCGACAUUGUUUCUAAUAUUGCCAAGGGUCUGGCUUAUCUCCACCAUUCCUGCGAGCCACCGGUAAUCCACGGCGAUAUCAAGCCCAGUAAUAUUCUUCUGGAUGCUGAUUUUAAUGCCAAGAUCGGGGAUUUCGGUCUGGCGAGGUUGAAGACCGAGGCUGGUGGAGAAGAGGGAAGGCGGGGGGUCGAGGCUGGAGAGGAUAACGGAUCGAUUUUGGAGGAGACGGAGAGUGUGACGACUGGGUUCGAUGAGGCUGGUGGGUUGCCCGCUGAUCGAUCUCCGGAGAGUUGCGUAAUUAGGAUAUUGGAUUCGGAGGCGUCUCCGGAGAAUGCGGUGGUUUCACCGGAAGCCGGGAUCGACAAGGCGAGCGCAUCUGAAGGGUGCUUCGAUAAGUUCAGCGUUGAUAGUGGCAAAGACUUGACCGGUAAUGGUAGAAAGAAUGGGGGUUCGAAGAGGGAUUGGUGGUGGAAGCAGGACAAUGGGGGUGGGUCCGAGUCUGGGAGAGUGAAGGACUACGUGAUGGAGUGGAUUGGGAGUGAGAUAAAGAAGGAAAGGCCUAAGAGUGAAUGGAUUGCCUCCCCGAGCUCGGCGGAGAAUGAUGGGUUGGGCUUAAAGACUGAGCAGAAGCAGAAGCAGAAGCAGAAGAAGAAGCAGAGGAAGAGAUUGGAUUGGUGGGCCUCAUUGGAUGAGGAAAGGAUGACGAGAAGGAAAGAGAAGAAUCGGAAGCCGAGGGAGUGGUGGAAGGAGGAGUUUUGCGAGGAGCUCUCGAAGAAGACGAAGAGGAAGAAACGAGCUCUUGGAUCGAGUAGCGGUAGGGAAUUGUGGUGGCAGAAGGAUGACGACGACGACGAUGUUGUUGAGGAUGUGGUGCAGCAAGAGAGGAAGAAGAGGAAGAGUAAGAGCAGUCGAGGUAGCAUCGAUUGGUGGUUGGACGGAUUGAGCGGCGAGCUCAGAAGUGGGCACAGACAUAGCCAGGAUUGGGGUAAUGGAGCUGAUAUACCUAAGAGCGGCGGUAUUAGUAGCACACCCAGUAUGAGAGGAACCGUCUGUUACAUUGCUCCUGAAUAUGGUGGUGGGGGGAUGCUCUCCGAGAAAUGUGACGUUUACAGCUUUGGGGUUCUGCUUUUAGUUAUUGUUUCGGGGCGGAGGCCACUCCAAGUGACGGCCUCGCCAAUGUCCGAAUUCGAGAGGGCCAAUCUGAUUUCUUGGUCUCGUCAACUUGCCCGAAAUGGGAAGCUUUUGGACCUUAUUGAUUUGUCUAUUCAUUCAUUGGAUAAGGAACAGGCAUUGCUUUGCAUUACAAUCGCACUCCUGUGUCUGCAAAAAUCGCCGGUGAAGCGACCCACAAUGAAAGAUAUUGUUUUGAUGCUAACUGGUGAGGCUGAGCCUCCCCACCUCCCAUUUGAGUUUUCACCGUCUCCGCCUUCGAAUUUCCCGUUCAAGACACAUAAGAAGGCCCGUUGGUGGCAGCAUUCAGCAAAUCUGGCAAGUUAUGAGCAGCAGGAUGCUCAUGAGUUUUUCGUUUUAGUCUUAGAUGGGAUCCAUGAGAAAGAGGGCAAAUCAUGGAACCAAAGUAGAGAUAAUGGAGAAUUGCCAAUGUAUCGCUCAUAGGAUAUUCUUUGGGCUCUUGAGAUCAGAUGUCACCUGCAUGACCUGUGGAUUCACUUCAACUACCUUUGACUUUUGUGUGGACGUCUCACUUGACCUGGGCACAAGCAAUUUCCCUCCAACAAAUAUAGCUAAUAAGCCUAUCAAACCGAAUGGAAACAGUAGCAUGUCUACUCUUCUUGGUUGUUUAGAUUUGUUCACAAGGCAGGAGAAGCUGGGAUCAGACUCGAAACUUCACUGUCGAAACUGUCAAGAAAGGCGAGACUCCGUGAAGCAAUUGUCCAUAAAGGGUCUCUCCCAUUAGUGUGAGUCGUGGUGGGCAUCGCGUCGAGUGGGGUUUCCGUCGUGAGUCGUGGUGGGUGUUUCUGAGAAAAACUUGCGUGUAGAUAUUGGGGAGGGGGAGAGAUUCGGAGGGAGGGAGGGAGAUGGAUUCAGAAGAAAAGAGGGGGAAUGGGGUGGACGCGGGUUCAACUAAGUUUUUCUUGAAAUGCUUAUUUGUCAUUCAUCUAUUAGCUGGUGCAAAAUUGGGUUUUAAACCCAUCCGACUGGAAGUUUUUUCUUUAAGUUUAUUCAAUUGAGAAAAUGGUAUUUGAUUA